AUGAAGAUAGAUAUAGCAAAAGCUUUUGAUUCUGUUCACUGGCCAUUUCUGUUGAAUACUCUAAGAGCUCUUAACAUGCUAGAGGAAUUUGUUCAUUGGAUAGAGCUGUGUGUUUGCUCUCCAUCCUUUUCGGUUCAAGUCAAUGGAGAAUUGGCGGGGUUCUUUCAGAGUAGAAAGGGCUUAAGACAGGGAUGUGCUCUAUCUCCAUAUCUAUUCGUUAUCUGUAUGAAUGUGUUGUCUAGCAUUAUGGAUAAAGCGGCUGCAAGGGGGAUUAUUGGAUACCAUCCUAAAUGUCAGAAUAUUUUGCUCACACAUUUGUGUUUUGCAGAUGAUCUUUUGGUGUUCACAGAUGGAACCAAAAGAUCUAUUGAAAAUGUUCUGAAGAUUUUUGAAGACUUUGCUGCAAUCUCUGGUUUAAAGAUCAGUUUGGAAAAGUCUACAUUGUUCACAGCUGGAUUAUCUGAUAUUCAAGCGAGAGAUAUCCUAACCUGCUUCCCAUUUGCCUCUGGAAAAUUACCAGUCAGGUAUCUCAGUCUUCCUUUACUCUCUAGGAAGAUGACGAUCAAUGACUACAUGCCUUUAGUACAAAAAAUACGGAAAAAGAUGAGUUAUUGGACUGGGAGAUUGUUGUCUUAUGGAGGAAGGUUACAGCUCAUCAGUUCUGUUAUCACUAGUGUGGCGAACUUCUGGCUAUCGGCUUUCAGACUUCCAAGCAGUUGUUUGAAGGAGAUAGAGAGAUUGUGCUCUGCAUUUCUGUGGUCAUGGCCAGACCUAAAGACAAGUAAGGCGAAGCUAUGUUGGCAAGAUGUUUGUCUACCCAAGAAAGAAGGAUGUCUCAAAGAUCUUCUUGGAGUGAGAGGUACAAUUGGUCUUGGCAUUACAGAACAUGCUUCGGUUGAGGAAGUGAUGCUCUAUCAUCGGAAAAGAAGACAUAGACUGGCUAUUCUUAACACUGUGGAGGGUGAAAUUGAAGAGUUAAAGAGCAGACGUAGUGAGGACGAUGAUAUUCCCUUAUGGAGGCAGGAUGAGACCAGAUUUACAAAGGUUUUCUCUACUAAGAAGACAUGGCUUUACAUGAGACAGGAGCAACCAGUAUGUACAUGGAAUAAAAGAGUGUGGUUUUCACGAUCUACUCCCAAAUAUUCUUUUAUGUUAUGGGUGGCUGUGAAGAAUAGGUUGCAAACCUGUGACAGAAUGAAGAAGUGGAACACAUCUAUAAAUGGAGUUUGUGUGUUAUGUCAAGAGGAAGAGGAGACUUGUCCACACUUAUUCUUCAAGUGCAGAUACUUGAGGAAAGUUUGGAAGUCAUUGAUAGGUGGGAUUAUGAAGGAGGCUUUCUCUCUUGAAUGGAGUGUGAUUCUGGAUUUGAUUUCCCAAUCAAGUUCUAGUUUCACACCCUCUGAAGUAUUCAUUAUCAGAUAUAUUUUUCAAGCGUUGCUACAUAGUAUUUGGAGGGAGCGCAAUGCUCGUCGGCAUGGAGAGCAACCAAGAGAUGAAUUGUUGCUGAUUAAAUGGGUUGAUAAAGUGAUAAGACUGAAGCUUCUAGCUGUGAAAGGGACGGGGCAAAUAUAUCUUGAGGAAGGCUUGAGUGUGUGGUUUGGCUCAAGAGUUACAUGA